UUGUUGAAAAAAUAUAUAGAAAGAUUUAAUAACAUAGAGUUACAGGAUACCAGUCACAUGUCAUACAACACAUGAUGUCAUGUAUCAACAAUAGGUGUUUCGUUAGAAAUAUAGUAUAUCUAAUUGGAAUACUUCUUAUCAAAAUAUUAUAUACAAAUUCUGCUUGCUUCAGUAAUGACAAUGAUGAGUUUAACCAGAACAAUUUGCUUAGCAUUAAAUUAUCAUCAAAUUUACAAUUGGGAAUUUUUUGGCGCUUUUUAAGUAUUGGCACUCGAUUUAGUCAAGUUAUUGUUUCCUAUAAAUUAUCCAACGAAGGAAAUUUUACAGUACUUAAAUUCAAAAAAGGUGACAAUGGGUUAAUUAUUCCAGGAGUUUAUUCAUAUUUGAAAAGUGACAGUGUGUACAUAGUAUUGAUUCAAAUAAACAAUUGCAAACUUUUUCCUCGUUAUGUAUUAACUGGACCAAAUGCUUUAAGUAAGACAAAUACAACAAAAAAUGAUACAGGAUGUCCCAGUGGAGUUUAUGACUUUCUUUUGCAACCUAUGUCAAAUACAAAUUGGAGCUAUUUAGGAUCUAUUUGGAGUAGUAAUGAAACAUUAAAUACUGACGCACUUAUUGAUGAUGUUGAUGGAUAUAAAUCUAUAAACUAUUAUAGGAAAAUAUAUCCAUACUUUUGUGUUGGAAUGAGUGAUUACUCUCAAUUAUUUACUGAUGGAAAGUGGGCUAAAGUAGUUGUUUCAUCACCGAAUACAUUGUUGAACCAUUUUUCAAAUAAAACUGCAAUAAAUUUUGAUAGUUAUGUAAUGCUUGCAAUGUCAGAUUUGCCAUUAGAUAGUUUAUCAAAAACAAUAAGUUGGUAUCCAGGGUUUCAGCCUGUGACCAAAUCAGGUGUUCCAAGAUACAUGUUUGGAGGAAUCGUAACAAAAGUAAACAGUACUACCUAUUACUAUAUGGCAAUGGGAGUUGAGCAAGUAUAUUCCAACACACCCAUUGUUGGAUCUUUUGUUCUUAACUAUAACGAAACUAAAUUAAACACAAGUUAUAAAGGAUAUUUCUUAGGAUACAAUGCACCUUUAAGUUAUACCAUAUCUACAUUUAAUAUUUCUGGUUCAAAAUGUGAUAAAUUUACUUUUGUAACAUGUGGAAAAGGAAGAUACUCUGGUUAUUGCAGUAUCCCAGGAGAUCCUUCAGAUGCAUUUUGUGAAUUUCAGCCCUACUGUUAUCUUGAGUGCGCCUUACCGUUCCCGCAAACAACUGUGGAUCAAACUAAGACAUCAUUCAAAGUUUCAUGGGAUGCUUUUAAUGUUACUAUGAUGCAGAAUUCAAGCAAUUUUAUUGGAUACUCUUGUGCAUAUAAGCCAUCUGAUAGUUUAAAUUGGUUGAAAAAUACAAGUAGUAAUCUCACAAGUUAUUCAAUAAACAAUCUUACUUCUUUUACUGUUUAUAAUGUUCGUUGCAAGGUUGAAUCAUAUUUAAUGACAGUAUUUGAGAAUUACAUGUUCAUAAAUAUCACAACAGAUGAAAGCGAACCUACUGGUGCACCACUGAACUUCACAGGUAUUGUUGCUUCACCAUCAGAAUUCAAUUUUACUUGGCUUGAAGUUGAAUAUAGCUUAAGACAUGGUAUUGUGGACCAAUAUUUGUUAAUUUGUACAAAUUUAAAAACAAAACUUUCAAGGCAAUUUGAAAUCUCUGACAAUCAACUUGAAGGUCAAGCUACAGGCUUGAAUUAUGAAUCUUCAUACAAUUGUACAGUUUCUGGUUGCACUUCUGGUGGUUGCGGAAAAAAAACUGCUCCUAUCAAUUUAAAGACAUAUUCACCAAUUCCAACAGUUGCUCCUAAUGUGACAUAUGCAAAUUUUACAAGUUCUACUUCAAUACAUGUCAAAUGGAAUGAUGUUAAUUGGAAAUCAUGGGGAGUGCUAGAAAACAGAAUGUUCUGCGUAAAUACUAAACGAGAUAGUAUGAUGCAAUCCACAAGUUGUGUUGAUUAUUUAACAACAGAAGUUGAUGUAACUGAUCUGCAACCAUAUACAGAAUAUGAGUUUUCAGUAUACUGUAAAAAUUUAAAGGGAUCUGGGCCUAUGAAUCUUCAAAGCUUAUUUGCAUCUACAGAUCAACAGGCCCCUGAUGCGUUACUAUCAGGUUUUGAUGCCAAUGUUAGUGUAAAUAGCUUGAAUUUUUCAUGGGAACCCCCAGAUUUAUCACAGAUUUAUGGUCCUAUCACUGGAUAUACAGUUAUUGCGAUGGCUCUUAUUAGUGAAGAGGAUUAUAUGCCUAUUGAAGAACCAGUAGCAAGAAAACGAAGGAGCCUACCUGCAGCAAUUUAUAAUGGAUUACUACAAGUUAAUGAGACAAUUAUAAUUAAUGAUCCAAAUGCAACAAGUGUUCAGAUAGAAAAUUUGUUUGGUUUUGUUAACUACACUAUAUCAGCUGCCAUUAACAAUAAGUAUAAUGGCUCGUUCAGUGAACCGUUAGUGGUUAGCACAGUGGAAGGGACACCAGUAAUUUCUGUUCUUAAUUUGCGUUGUUGUGGAAGUGAUCAUGAAUCUUUAACAAUUUGCUGGGAUGAUAUUCCCCCACUUUAUUUACAAGGAAUACUGACAAAUUAUCGUGUAUAUUACAAAGUAAAAAAUAAAUCAUCAUAUACUUCAAUUGAACAGGAUUCUUCAUUAAAGUCUAUACGACUUAUCUUUCUUCUGCCUAUAACAAAAUAUGUUAUUAAAAUAACUGCAUGGACAAAAGAUGGAGAAGGUGUUCCAUCUGAAGAUUUAGUGUGUGAAACUCUUGAGUGGUAUCCUGAUAAAGCACCAACAAAUGUGGCUGUGACUAACCAUGUCUACCCAAAUGCUGCAAUUGUCCGUUGGGCAGCUAUUCCAUUAAAUCAUUGGUUAGGUAUUCCAUCUGGAUAUCAAAUAUUAUACAAGAGAAUUAAGGAAGGUAGCUUACAAAUUAAUGAGGACUGGGUAGAAGUAAAAUCUUCCCCAUUAAGUCUUACUUUCACUUUGUUAAAUUUGAAUGUUUUUUCAAAAUAUUUGUUAAAAGUAGCUGGAUAUACAGCAGCUGGAAUUGGGAAACAUAGUAACGUAGUGGAAUUUGAAACAUGCUUGGUUGACAAUCCAAAUAUAGAAAUCAACUAUUUUCAAAGCCCUCCUUUUGUACAGUCAGCAGCUUUUUUAACUCCUUCAGGAAUAUUGGUUAAUACAUUAGAAACAUCACUACUAACAUGUGCUCAAAAAUGCAGCUCAUUUAAGCAAAAUGUUACAAUUGUAUAUAGACCUUUGGACGUUUCUUUAUUUGACAAUAUCUUAAAUAUCACUAAUAGUAAUAAUAAUUUAAAAGGAGCUAUUAUCCCAAUAUUAAAUCCACAUAAAACUAUUCCAGGUGCUAAGUUUGUUUCAAUUGCUGCUUCUCUUGGUUUUGUAAUAAUGGAAAUACCUGAUUAUCUAGAAGUUAUUAUCAAGCAGAAUGAAGAAAUAUUUUUAAAAACUGUUAUUGGAACAAUGAGUUUUUUGCUUUUAUAUUUCAUUUUCAAUAUUUUAGCUGGUGUUAUACUUUUUGUUUGUGAACCCCAGAAUGCUCAACUUCGAAGUAAUUUUUUUUCUCUAUCAGGAAUGUUUGAAGGUGCUUAUUUAGCAAUUGUUACAAGUACAUUAGUAGGGUAUGGUGAUAAAAAGCCAGCCUUUACUAUUGGGAGAAUGUUAUUUAUGUUAUGGAUUAUUUUUGGAAUAGUUAUUAAUGGAAUUUUAGUUGGUAAGCUAUCAUCAGCCUUAACAACUUAUCAACUUAGCAGAGUAUUGGAACAUUUUCCAAAUGAGCCUGUGAUAGGUGUAGAAGGUUCAGCAGAAUACAAGUGGGCAUCAAAUCAUAUGAUUGUUGAAAAUUCAACAAAAUAUUUUAGUUAUGAACAGGUUGUUCAAGCACUAGAAACCGGUGCAAUCAAGUAUGCUAUUUUUGAUCAGUAUGCUAUAAAACCUUAUAAAAGUAGAUUAAUGAAAGCUGGUACUGUAGUUGCACAUACAUACCCUAAUAAUAUUGGAAGUGUGGGAGUUGUGUUACUUGGAAGUUUAUCUUUGUUGAGUUCUUGUGUUGAACAGUUCAUCCAAGCAAAUAGAGAUAUUUUGGAAAAUGAUCUUAAAGAGUACGAAAAGAAUUUAACUACUCAAGUACCAAUUUUUUCAUUAAACCAAUCACCUGAAAAGCUUCGUGAAUCAGACCUGAAUACAAGUUUUUUCAAUUUUAGUGCUCCUCUGUUCAGAAAGUUGUUUACAUUUUUCUUUGUAGCAUUAGGAGUAUUAUUUGUUUUUGGACUUAUAUAUGAAUUAAUUCGAAGGUGGCAACUUAAAGUAAAAGCUAACAAAGUGCAAACGACUUUAGAUCUGAAGCUGUCACUGCAACGUGACUUGGUUAAGUUAUCAGAAGAAUUUGAAAAUGAAUUUGCCGCAAUGAUUGAGAGAUUGCUAAAGAAUACUGAUGUCACUUUAUUUCGUCACUGUAAAGAACUUCUUGAUCUAACAACAUCUUGCUCGAAAAUGUACGGCGUAGAUUUCAAGUAUAUUCAUAUCAACGACCUUGGAGUUUCUUUAGAGGAGAUUGCAUCGUAUCGAGAAGAGUUAAAUAAUUUACCUAAAGUACCUUGGUAUGUUAAGUUUAAGAAAGAUAUUUAUCGAAAAUAUUUAUGGUUAAAGAUACGCGCAGAACCUGUUGGUAAUUUUUUCACUGACUUAAUUUAAUAACGCUUGUAAAUGAAUUCUUGUAAAAAUACAGUUUUUUUUAAAAAUUUAUUCUAUUGUAAAAGCACAUUAAAGCACAAAUAUAUGUUUGCAUAAGUA